GAAACAUACACACUUCCUGGUUCGCAGCUAUCAUGCUGGAAUCUGUGGUAGCAGAUCUCCUUAACAGGUUCCUGGGGGAUUAUGUGGAAAACCUGGAUAGGUCCCAGCUGAAGCUGGGGAUUUGGGGGGGAAAUGUUGCACUGGAAAAUCUCAGGAUUAAAGAAAAUGCUUUGAGUGAGCUGAAUGUGCCUUUUAAAGUGAAGGCUGGACAGAUUGAUAAACUCACUUUGAAAAUCCCCUGGAAAAAUUUGUACGGAGAUGCUGUUGUUGCAACACUUGAAGGAUUAUUUCUACUUGUAGUGCCUGGUGCAAGCAUAAAAUAUGAUGCGCAGAAAGAAGAGAAAAGCAUUCAGGAGACGAAGCAGCGAGAAUUACUAAGGAUUGAAGAAGCCCUUCAGAAAGCUGCAGAUAAAGGAGUUCUUCCUGGAGAGUGUUACAACUUACAGAACUUUGUGUAUAAAAACGUUAAACCUGGAUCCAAACGUAAAAAACUUAAACAUUUUAAGAACCGCUUUAAGGUUCUUGACUCUAAAACAGACAUACCAAAGGAUGCGAAAAAGGACACAUUUAUGGAAAAACUUCUAACACAGGUUAUAAAAAAUCUGCAGAUCAAAAUCACAGAUAUCCACAUCCGAUAUGAAGACGACAUUACUGAUGCCAAGGUGCCUGUUUCUCUAGGAGUUACACUGAGCGAGCUAAGUCUUCAGACCUGCAAUGAAUCCUGGAAGCCAUGUAUAUUGAAUGAAGCAACAAAAAUAAUCUAUAAGUUGGUCCGUUUGGAUAGUUUCAGCACCUACUGGAAUGUGAAAAGCAAACUGUAUUAUCGCAAGCCUAGAGAGGACAUUCUAACUGCGUUAAAGGAAGGAAUUUUGUCUGAAGCUAGAAAACCUAAAGACUACCAGUACAUCUUUAAACCAGUAAAUGCCUCGGCAAAGUUGUACAUAAAUCCACUUGCAGAAAUGGAGCUGAAGACUCCAAAGAUUGAUUGGAUCAUGGAGGUUCAGAAUGUGGCAAUAGAAGUAACAAAACCACAGUACCUAAGUUUUAUGGACCUUCUUGAGUCAGUGGAUUACAUGGUUAGAAAUGCACCUUACAGAAAAUACAGACCGCAGUUGUCAUUACAAGAAGACACCAAGCAGUGGUGGCUGUAUGCCAUUAAUAGUAUCCUGGAAGUCCACAUAAAAAGAAGGACACAUAUGUGGAGUUGGAACAACAUAGCAAAGCAUCGGCAAAAUCUUAAAAUGUACAAGAAUGCCUACAAAACUAAACUGACCCAGGCCAAGCUGCCCGAAGAAACUGUCAAGCAGCUGCAGGCCUGUGAAAAACUACUAGAUGUCUUUAACAUUGUCCUAGCUAGACAGCAAGCUCAAGCAGAGAUAAUCAGGUCUGGCCAAAAGCUCAUGGCUAAGAAAUCCUCUGCUGGUGGAGAAAAAAAAGGCGGGGGAUGGUUUGGAAGCUUUUGGAGUAAGAAAGAAGCCACUAAGAAGGAUGACGUAGAUGAAAUCUUCGCUUCUGAAAAAAUUGACGACUUUAUGACCCCAGAAGAGAAGGCAAAGCUUUUUACCGCAAUUGGGUAUAGUGACAGUUCUCACAAUCUUGCCCUACCUAAAGCAUAUGUGGCACAUAUUCUGAAUUUCAAGCUUCUAAGAACAUCUAUAACUAUUCGUGAAGACAUACACACCCCUGAAACAUUACAGAUACAAAUAAUUGAUCUCAGUACCAAAGUAUUCCAGAGACCAGGAGCACAGGCAGUGAAAAUCGAAGCAAAGUUGGAGCAUUGGUAUGUAACAGGCCUCAGUCAGCAAAAUAUUGUUCCAUCACUUGUAACUUCUAUUGGAAACAGAGAGUCUUCCCUUCUCAGAAUAGUGUUUGAGACCAACCCACAGCACAUAAAAGCUGAUCAGGUCCUGAUACUGGAGUCACAGCCUGUGGAAAUAAUUUAUGAUGCUGUAACCAUCAAUGCUUUAGCUGAAUUUUUUCAGACCCAGAAAGGAAUGGAUCUAGAGCAGUUGACAUCUGCUACAUUAAUGAAACUCGAAGAAAUCAAAGAGAAAACAGCAACAGGUCUCUCACAUAUUAUUGAAACACGAAAACGACUUGACGUGAGAAUAAAUCUGCAGCCUUCAUACUUUGUAAUCCCAAAGUCUGGUUUCUAUCAUGAAAAGUCAGACCUCGUCAUCGUAGAUCUAGGAAGCUUGCAGAUUAUCAGUGUAGACCAAGCAGAAGAAACAACCAACUUGUCACUUGAAGAUCUGAUGGAAAAAGCUUACGAUAAAUUUGAUGUUCGAAUAAAAAACGUGCAAAUACUGUUUGGGACGAAAGGUGAAGACUGGAAGAAGGCUAGAGAAAAGGGUUCAUCUUCUCUUCACAUCUUACAGCCACUGGAUAUUGAGCUGAAAUUGGAAAAAGCUAUGGUAGAAAGAGACAGCAGAAUGCCAAGGUUUAAGAUAUUGGGGGAGCUGCCUCUAUUACACAUAAAGAUCUCUGAUAAGAAAAUUCAGGGUGUGUUUCAGUUGGUAAAUAGCAUCCCCCUUCCUCAAAAAACAAGUACACCAACUAAUGCAAACAAAAAGAUCCCUGCUAUUGCUAUUUUACCCAGAAGAUUUGAAAAACUUCUUAAAAAAGAGAUUGAGCAGUCAUUGUUCCUUGAAGAUGAUCAAUCUGAUUCAAAUGAAGAAUUUUUUGAUGUGGAUGACAACUUCCCUGCCAUUGUAAAAACUAAACAAAUCCAUAAACAGAUUUCAGUAAAUGCAGAAAUGAGCAACACAGAAGUGACCAAUGUAGAGGAGCUCACAGACCUCAACCUCAAAUUUGAAGUGAAAGAGGUGAAAAUAGAAUUUACCAAACAACAGGAAAAGCUUCAGGAGACAAUCCUUGUGUUUAACGUACUGCAACUGGGAACCGAAUCUUGUAUAAAGACUUACAGUUUAACAUCUGUCUCAUACCUUAAGAAGAUCAGCCUGGACUAUUAUGAUACUAAAGGUUUCAGAAAGCAACCUCUUCAUUUAAUCAGCUCUUCAGAUAAAAAUGCAUCAGAACUCUUAAAAGUAGAAUAUGUUAAGGCUGAUACGAAGGGGCCACAAUUUCAAACUACUUUUGACAAUACAGAACAAACAUUGAAGGUGUUCUUUUCAGCCAUGGACCUCCUCUUGCACUCUGAAGCAUUGCUUUCUACUAUCAGCUUCCUAACAGAAUCUAUCCCAAAUCUUCCUGAAAAUGUCAGGGCACCAAAACAGCAGGACAAAGAGUCACUUGUUAAAAAAGCUGCAAAGAUUUCCAAAGAGAAAGAUAUAUUCGCUUUCAAACUAUUUGCCAAUCUGGAUGCUUUCAAUGUAAAUGUGUGGGAUGAAAAGAAUCAUAUUGCUGAAAUCAAGAUACAGGGCAUGGCUUGUCAUUUUUUUAUCCAGUCGAACCAGACAGAAGUAUUUGCUCGUUUAAAGGACAUUAUUGUUAAUGAUGUUAACCCGCAGACGAUUCAUAAAAAGGCUGUGUCAAUUAUGGAAGAAGAGGUUUUCAGCUUCAGAUUAAUGCUUUAUCCUGAGGCUACACAGGGGGAUGCAUACAAGGAUGUAUCAAAAGUCGAUGGGAAGUUGGAUCUCAGAGUUGGCUGUAUUCAAAUUGUUUUUCUCCAUAAAUUUCUCAUGACCCUUUUGAAGUUUUUGAAUAACUUCCAAGCAGCCAAAGAGAGAGUGAGCAUGGCCACAGCGCAAGCUGCACAACGAGCAGCUACAAGUGUUAAAGACUUGGCAGAGAGGAGCUUCCGACUUCUUAUGGAUGUACAUCUCAAAGCCCCCUUGAUAGUUGUCCCGCAGUCUUCCGUAUCCUGCAAUGCAAUAGUGGCAGAUUUGGGGCUGCUUAAAAUUAAUAAUCGGUUUACCCUGGUAUCAUCUGAAGAUCAACAGCUUCCACCAUUUGUAGACCACAUGACAAUAAAUCUGACCGAGUUUAAGUUGUCAAGGACCAUGCUUCAAGAUGGCUCAUUCCAGCCAGAUGUAGAAAUUCUCCAUCCUAUCAAUAUAAACCUUUCCAUUAAUCGCAAUCUAGCUGCAACUUGGUAUCACAAAAUCCCUGUUUUAGAAGUGAAAGGGCACCUCAAUACCAUGAAUGUUGGUCUAAGUCAAGAGGAUGUAAGUGUGCUGCUGAAUGUCUUGGUGGAAAACCUUGGGGAGGCUAGGGAGGAAGACAAAGGCAUUGAACACAUACAUGAGCUAAAAGAAGCAACUGAACAGUCUCUCCUAGAGAUAACUAAAUCCACUCAAAAAAUUCUGGAAGAUUCUAGAGAUGAUAAAGAUGAAAAAUCACUUGCUCUAGAUCUAGUGCUCCAUUUUGAAAUACAAGAGGUGGUGGUCCGAUUGCUGAGACAGUCCAGUGGAGGUGGUCUUCCUCUACAUGUUUUUCAUGUUUCACAAGUAGGAGCUGAAGCAAGAGUCGGGAGCCAGCUAAUGACUGCAUCUGUUUACUUAAAAAAAAUCAGUAUGGCAUGCAAUGAUUUUAUGGGUCCUUCUGGAGGACCUCUCCUACUUAUCAAUUCUUCUGAUGAUGACAAUGCUCCUCUUCUUAAAAUGGAAUAUGUGAAGGCUGACCAAAAUGGACCCAAUUUUAAAACUAUUCAUGACAACACAGAACAGAGUUUUAACAUUUCAGUUUCUUCUCUAGAUUUCAUACUGCACACUCAGGCACUGCUGUCCCUAAUGAACUUUUUAUCCUCUGCUGUACCAUCACAUAACAUUCUAGAAGAAAACAGACCUAAGGAAUCAAAAGCAAAAGAAAGUAGACUGAAGAGCAUCAUUGCCAGACCAGAGUCCUAUAACUUCAAUACUGAAGACUCUUUCAGCUUGAAAGUUUCUGCCAAGCUGAAUGCACUUAACAUUUUUGUAUGUGAUGAAAUAUGUAAUAUUGCGGACAUAAGAAUACAAGGUAUGGAUGCCUCUGUUGCUGUGCAAACCAAGCAGACAGAAGUAUGUGCACGCCUUGAAGACUUUGUCAUCUUCGAUGUGGAUUCUAAAACCAUUCACAAAAAAGCUGUCUUCAUUAUGGGAGAUGAAGUGUUCAACUUUAAAAUGUCUAUGUAUCCAGAGGCUACAGAAGGCAUAUCCUACAGUGAUAUGUCUGCAGUGGAUGGCAAGAUAUGUCUCAGAGUGGGCUGUAUUCACAUUAUAUAUUUGCACAGAUUCCUCAUGUCUCUUCUGAAUUUUCUGGACAAGUUCCAGGCAGCAAAAGAGGCUUUAAGCACAGCCACGUCUCAAGCUGCAGAGAAAGCUGCAUCUAGCAUGAAAGAAUUUGCCCAAAAAAGCUUUAGGCUUUCCAUGGAUAUUGACUUAAAAGCUCCAGUCAUCAUCAUUCCCCAAUCCUCAGUCUCAGCAAAUGCCAUUGUAGCAGAUCUAGGGUUCAUCCGAAUCCAAAACAAGUUCUCCUUGGUUCCAGUAGUGGAUUGUCCUCUCCCACCUGUUGUUGACCAGAUGAACAUUCAGCUGACUGAGUUACAGUUGUCAAGAACUGUGUUAAUGAGUGGGUCUGAUAAGCCAGAGUUGGAGAUUUUGCAGCCCGUUAAUUUGCUUGUUUCUGUUCAAAGAAAUCUGGCAUCUUCUUGGUAUUCUGAGAUCCCUGCAUUGCAGUUGGUUGGAGAUUUGAAGCACAUGCAGAUUGCAUUAAGCCAAGAAGACCUAAGUAUACUAAUGAGUGUUCUUUUUGAGAACCUUGCGGAAAAACCCUCUCUGCCUAGGGUAGUUGAAACAACCAAAUCUAUUGAGCAAGUGAAAAAAGAGGUUGAGUGUCAAUCAUAUCAGCAAAAAGAUACAAUGAAGACUGAGGAUUCUGUGGAACAAGAUGUUGCAGAAGCUCUUUCAGUCACUCUGAAUUACAAGUUUAAGUUUGAAUCUCUCUCUAUUGUGCUUUAUCAGAGCGACUGCAGUAAGGAAACUGCCCUCUGGCUACAUAAUGAAAGUCUGCGCCUUGGGGAACUUAGAUUGCAUCUUCUUACCUCUUCUGGUAAUAUGUAUUCUGAUGGCUCUAUGGAUGCCUCUGUUUAUCUUAAGACCUGUACCUUGGAUGACUUACGGGAAGGUAUCACAAAAGCCACUUCCAGAAUGAUUGACCAAAAAGAUGGAGUCUGUGAAAGAAACAUGGUUGACAUAACCUACAAGCAAGGAGCACAAGACUGUUUAAUCACUACCAUCUUGGAGAAGCUUUAUGUCUGUGCUAGUAUGGAGUUCCUUAUGACUGUGGCAGAUUUCUUCAUACAGGCUAUGCCUCAGAGCCCAUCAGGGGAAAAGUCAAUGCAGAAACAUGUGAGGCGCUCUACACAAACAAAGCCCAGAGCAGAGAGUGGAGAAUCACAUCCACCAUCUCAGAAGAAAGUAAAUGUUAAAGUCCUGAUUAUGGAUCCAGAAAUAGUAUUUGUGGCAAAUCUAAUGAAGGCAGAUGCUCCUGCCUUGUCUGUGUCCUUUCAAGGCAACUUCACUCUUGACAGUUUAUCUGGUUCCCAGAAGGUGGCAGCUAUUGUGAAAGAAUUCAAAGUUCUUGCCUGUCCUUUUCUAAGAGAACUGCGUGGAAGCAAUAUCACUACGGUAAUGCAGCCUUGCUCACUGCAAAUUGAAGGUACCAUAGAUGCUGCAGGUGCCAAGAAUCUUAUUCUUAGCUUGGAAGAGGUUAUUAUUAAGGUCUCGCCAAUCAUACUAAACACAGUGCAAACAAUCAUAGAUGCACUGAAACCAAAGCCAAAGGAAGAAGAAGUAAAUGAAAAUUUGACAGAACUUGUGAAUAUCUGGGAUGUGAGGUCAAUAGAUAGUUGCAGCAAUUGGUUUCUUGGAGUGGACAUGGCACAAGAAAUUACAGAGACCUUUCAGAGCUCUGAGCACAAAGAGAAACAGGAGAGUUUUGAACUGGAAGUGAAAUCUGUACAGAUUACCCUGGAAUGUGGUUUGGGCCACAGAACAGUGCCAUUGCUUCUCAUGGAAUCGACAUUUUCAACAAAAGUUAAAAACUGGACAUCCUUUAUUAAUAUAACUGCUGAUACCACUUUGGAGGUUCACUAUUACAAUGAAAACUACGCAGUAUGGGAACCUCUGAUUGAAAGAGUAAAUUGUGGAAGUCGCCGCUGGAGUCUUAAAUUUGAGAUGAAGAAUAACCCAGUAAUGGACAAAAGCCUGUUUCCAGGGGAUGACUUUAUUCUAAUCCCAGAGCCCCGAUCUGCAAUUAACAUUUAUUCCAAGGACACCAUGAAUAUCACAAUAUCCAAAUGUACCCUGACAGUGUUUGGAAAUUUGGCUAAGGCUUUUUCAGAAGGAACAGCCUCUACAUAUGACUAUGAUUCAAAGGACAGAGCUCCUCUGACCAUAAAAAAUGCACUGGGCAUUCCUAUUAUUGUUCAACAUGGAUCAAAUAUGCGUAGGAAUAUACCGUCCCCUCACUCACAAACCCAUGAUGUGGAUGAGGGCCAGUCACUUGAGUUGGAAUUCUGUGCUGUAGAACUACUGAAACGUGGGCAACACUCUGCACUGCAUCGACAGGAUAGCAGCCUCUUAACAGUCGGAAUUGUACCCCACGGAUAUACAGAAAUGGCAAACAUCCCUGUUACCAAGACAGCCCGACGCCUGUACAAUGUGAGAAACCCACAGCAGGAGAAUUUUGUGUCGGUACUUGUGCAAAUUGAUGCCACUGAAGGGAACAAAGUUAUUACCAUCAGGUCCCCAUUGCAAAUUAAAAACCAUUUUUCUAUCCCAUUUACUGUUUACAAGUUUGUGGCCUCUGCUAAGCUCCUGGAGCCAAUUGGAGUGGCCAGACAGGAUGAGGAGUUCCAUGUGCCACUUGAUUCCUACAGGUGUCAGCUGUUCUUGAGGCCUGCAGGUGCUCUAGAGGAACAAUUUAAGGAAUCUACAAGCUAUAUCACAUGGAAGGAAAUGGUGCACAGGAGCAGUGAAGUUAGAUGCACCCUGCAGUGCCCAGCCUCUGAGAUCAGCUUUCUGCCCCUGAUGGUGAACUGCUCGGCAGUGCCUGAUGAAAUCAACUUUAUCUCCAGAAAUGGGGAGAAGGAGUGGGAUCCAGCCUAUAUCAUCCAUCUAUACCCAACUUUGACAGUUAGAAACCUUGUACCUUACUCCAUACGAUUCCUUCUUGAGGUAAAUGCUGAGGGUGCUGCAGAAACACAUGAGUUGGCAGAAGGAAGCUCCUUAGAUGUUCUUCAAUCACGGAUCAGUGGAGAGAUCAUGGAGCUUUUCCUAAUUAAGUAUCAAGGGAGGAAUUGGAACGGCCACAUACGAGUUCAUGAGAAUCUAUCUGAAUUUUUUCCAGUACUUUUUACUGCUGACUCCUCAGAACUUUUGACAGUGGACCUUUCUGUGCAUGUCAGGCACAUUGGAAACCGCAUGGUGUUGUCUGUUUACAGUCCGUACUGGAUAAUAAACAAGACCUCACGUAUCCUCCAGUAUAAGGCAGAGGAUAUACACGUGAAGCAUCCUUCAGACUAUAGAGAUGUGAUUCUCUUCUCGUUCAAGAAGAAAAAUAUUUUUAGCAAGAACAAGAUUCAGUUGUGUAUAUCUACAAGUUCCUGGUCUACCGGGUUUUCACUGGAUACAGUUGGAAGUUAUGGCUGUGUGAAGUGCCCUGCAGUGAAAAUGGAAUACCUGGUUGGAGUAAAUAUAAAAAUGAGCAGUUUUAAUCUGAGUCGGAUUGUAACUUUGACUCCAUUUUACACUCUUGUUAACAAAUCCAAGCUGGAGAUUGAAGUGGGGGAAAUGGCAACUGAUGUUUCCCCUACAGACAUCAAGUGGAAUUAUGUUUCUUCAUCUGAGUGUAUCCCUUUCUGGCCUGAAAACAUAUCUGGAAAGUUAUGUGUGAGAGUUAUUGGAUGCGAAGGAAUAUCCAAACCUUUUUUUUUCAAUAAACAGGACAAUGGCACACUGCUCAGUCUGGAGAGCAUGAAUACAGGCAUUAUAGUAGAUGUCAGUAUUGCUGAUCAUUCAACAGUUAUUACAUUCUCCGAUUACUACAAGGGUGCUGCUCCUGCUCUCAUCAUAAACCACAUGCCUCAUGCUAAGCUAACAUAUAACCAGAGCGGAACAGAAAUUGAAAAAGAACUUGGCCCAGGGGAGGCACGACUUUUUGCAUGGGAAGAUCCAACAGGGACCAAAAAACUAAACUGGAAAUGUGCCUCAACUACUAGGGAGGUAGACCUUCUUAAGGAUGAAAGUGGACAGUUUGCAUAUAAUCAGAACGUCCAAAUCCACUGGGUUUCUUUCCUUGAUGGUCGUCAGAGAGUGCUACUUUUUACAGAAGAUGUCGCUGUAGUGACCAAAGCACGGCAAGCAGAAGAGAUGGAGCAGUCCGAUCAAGAGGUCACUGUUUCCCUACACAGCCUUGGCCUGUCUCUUGUCAACAAUGACAGCAGACAUGAAAUCUCCUAUAUAGGGAUCAUUAGUUCUGGUGUCAUAUGGGAGAUGAAACGAAAGCACAAAUGGCAGCCGUUUAACCAAAAACAGAUUUUUCAACUGGAGGGUGCCUACGAGAAAUACCUGACUAAUGAAGAGCAAGGAUGGGUUUCUGUAGAAGAAAACUUUGUGGUCUGCUUCAGCAAAGUUCCAAUGGAAAUGCGCCUUCCUAUAAAAUGUAGCAUCAGAAGAAACUUCAUGUCUGGAAUCUACAUGGAAUUCAAACAGUCUCCUCACCAAAGAAGCUUACGAGCCCAGUUAUACUGGCUUCAGGUGGAUAAUCAUCUUCCUGGUUCAAUGUUUCCUGUUGUUUUCCAUCCAGUAAUACCACCUAAAUCUGUUGCCCUGGAUUCUGAGCCCAAACCUUUUAUUGAUGUCAGCAUAAUUACAAGAUUCAACGAAUUCAGCAAAGUGAUGCAAUUUAAAUACUUCAUGGUUUUGACGCAGUGCAUGGCAUUAAAGCUGGAUCAAGGCUUCUUAGCUGCAGUCAUUGGGCUCUUUACUCCAGAAACCGAUCCAAAUGCAGAAAAACAGCGCACACAACUUAUACAAAAAGAUCUUGACUCCUUAAACACAGAGCUGAUGGAAUCUUCCUUGACAGAUAUAUCAUUUCCAAGCUUUUUUGAGCAUUUUCACAUCUCUCCACUGAAGUUGCACCUUAGCCUGUCUUUGGGAGCAGGUGGAGAACAGUCAAAUAAAGAAGAAAAAGAAAUUAUUGCCAUCGCAUCAGUUAACCUUCUACUGAAGAGCAUUGGAGCUACACUUACUGAUGUAGAUGAUCUCAUUUUCAAGUUAGCCUGUUUUGAAUUGAAGUACCAGUUCUACAAACAAAACCAAUUAAGGAAUCUGGUGGUUAGACAUUAUACUGAACAGUUCUUGAAGCAAGUGUAUGUCCUUGUGUUGGGCCUCGAUGUCCUAGGGAAUCCUUUUGGCCUAAUUAGAGGACUUACUGAAGGCGUAGAGGCAUUCUUUUAUGAACCAUUCCAGGGAGCUGUGCAGGGGCCAGAGGAGUUUGCAGAAGGUCUUGUUAUUGGCAUGAAAAGUCUUCUUGGUCACACUGUAGGUGGAGCAGCUGGUAUGGUAUCCCGCAUCACAGGUACUGUUGGGAAGGGGCUAGCAGCCAUCACUAUGGAUAAAGAGUACCAGCAGAAGCGGAGGCAAGAGAUGGGCAGGCAGCCAAAAGACUUUGGAGAGAGCCUGGCCAAGGGUGGAAAAGGAUUUUUACGGGGGGUAGUUGGAGGUGUAACUGGAAUAAUCACCAAACCAGUGGAAGGUGCAAAAAAAGAAGGAGCUGCAGGCUUUUUCAAGGGCAUAGGAAAAGGUCUUGUAGGAGUUGUAGCACGCCCAACUGGUGGCAUUGUUGAUAUGGCAAGCAGCACAUUCCAGGGUAUACAGAGAGUUGCAGAAUCCACAGAAGAGGUGUCACCACUCCGCCCCCCUCGUCUGAUUCAUGAAGAUGGCAUCAUUCGUCCUUACAAUGAAAGUGAAGCUCAGGGUUUCAAAUUAUUUCAGAAUUUAAACGUCAAGAAGUUGGAUGGAGAAAUGUAUAGAUACAGCUGCUGUUUACAGAAUAGGAAAGCCAAUCUGAUGGUCACCAACAGGAGACUGAUCUGCAUGAAGGAGGUGGAGAUACUGGGCCACAGAAUGAUAGACUGGACUUAUACUUUUGAAGAAUUUGUCCAUCCACCAAUUGUUGAUGGAAACACACUUACACUCUUUGUCAAGAAUCAGGCUCUUUUGGGUUUUCAAAAAAAGGAGAACGCAGAUGAAGAAAGCCUCAAAGUAGUUCCCCUUCAAAAUGAAUGUACUGCUGAGGCUGUUCUUAAGGCGAUAGAUGAAGCUUGCUCAAGACGGCGACAACACGCUCUGGUGAGAACGAAAUCCGAGAGGUUCAUUAAGGAGUUCGGCUCCUAAGCACUAUUCCUUGGGAUUUACUCCUGCUUGGCACUUUUCUGUUAAACACAGAACUAAGAGUUUAACUGAAGCACUGUCUUUGAAGGACUUGGAAGGCUAAAUGUUGUGCAGUUGGGUAUAGUGGUCUCUUAUGUAUUUACAGAUGUUCCACAAUUUUCAAAGUAAAGAGAUAUUUCUAUUAGUUAUGUCAGGGUCACCUCCAUCCAAUGCGGUCAUACCAUUUCUAGAAGGGCAGAAAGAAACAGCUACUCAGGUGUUAUUCUGCAUGCAGGUAAUGUGCAAUAAAAUAAAUGGUAUGUUUUAUAAAAGGGGUGUAAGUACCCAGUUUUUGCCUAAUGAAUGAAAAUAGAAUUCUAAGCAACUUUCCAUUAUACAUUCAUUAAACCUUUUUUCUGUUUAUUUAAAAUCGCAACUGCAACUAAUAGGAGUUUCUUUUUUGCAUUCUCUAACUCUUGAACCAAAGUAGCAGAAGUCAGCCCUCCUCCAGGCAUCACAAUGUCGUACAUGCUGCUUUACAGGUCUGUUAGUCAGUUGGCUUCUGCUACUUGCUUUAUACAGCCAAAGCCGAGGCAGGCAGAUACUUCUUUAAUAGCAAUAACAUUCACAAGUAGCUUUAAAACUAUUGGAAAGUUGCUUAGAAUGACACUCUUUCAUUAGGCAACAUUUAAUUCUUCAUUUCAACCUGUUUAAAACAUACACCUACCAGGAUGCUACAUGUAACUUUCGCUUGAAUAUACAAACAUAUAUUUAUCAGCUGUUAUUAUAAUAAGGAAGCCACUACCUUACGCAUACGUUUGCCUUGUUACAAAUCCACAAGUUUGUUUUGUUACAAAAGUACUUCUUUGAUUAAAUAUAUUUCAAUACA